GCACUUCCGGUUUCUCGUUGCUAUAGGAACUGCUGUGGCGUUUGGGCGUGCCUAAGUUACUCCGGAUCUUUAGAAGGAGUACCUGCGGAUCCCUGCGUGGUCUGGUAACACAGAGUCGUGAAGAGAGAGCAGCAUUCUCUGACAGGUACCAUGUCCACCGUGGUAGCUCAGGCGCUGCAUGUUUUUGGUCUUCGUGCCCACGUGGCCAACAAUAUCUUCUUCUUCGAUGAACAGAUCAUUAUAUUUCCUUCAGGAAAUCACUGUGUGAAGUACAAUCUGGAUCAGAAAUGGCAAAAAUUCAUUCCAGGCUCAGACAAGAGUCAGGGCAUGCUGGCCUUGUCCAUCAGUCCCAAUCGGCGAUACCUCGCUAUCUCUGAGACUGUGCUGGAAAAACCUACCAUCACUAUUUAUGAGCUGUCAUCCAUCCCUUGCCGGAAGCGCAAAGUCCUGAAUAAUUUUGACUUCCAAGUUCAAAAGUUUAUCAGCAUGGCUUUUUCUCCAGACUCUAAAUACCUGCUGACCCAGACGUCGCCUCCAGAGUCAAACCUCGUCUAUUGGCUAUGGGAAAAGCAGAAAGUAAUGGCCAUUGUUAGAUCUGAUGUUCAGAACAACCCCAUCUACCAGGUCAGCAUCAACCCCCAGGAUAAUACUCAAGUUUGUGUCACUGGAAAUGGGCUAUUUAAGCUGCUCCGUUUUGCUGAAGGAACCCUAAAGCAAACCAAUUUCCAGAGGGGAGAAUCCCCAAACUACCUAGCCCAUGCCUGGGUGUCUGAUGACAGGAUCAUUGCCGGCACCGACACCGGCAGGCUCUGUCUCUUUGAAUCUGGAGAUCAGCGCUGGGAGACGAACAUAAUGGUCAAGGAGCCCACUAGCUCUAAGAGCCUGGAUAUCAUCCACAAGUCAGAGAGCCUGAUCGAAUUUCCACCACCCAGCUCCCCGGUCCCCUCCUUCGAACAGAUGGUGGCAACCAGUUACCCCCACCACAUGUCCAUGCCCCAAGUAUUUGCCAUCGCUGCCUAUUCAAAGGGGUUCGCCUGCUCGGCUGGGCCAGGCAGGGUGCUGCUCUUUGAGAAGGUGGAAGACAAGGACUUCUACCGAGAGAGCAGGGAAAUCCGGAUCCCUAUGGACCCACAAAGCAAUGACCCAAGUCAGUCAGACAAACAGGACGUUCUGUGCCUGUGCUUCAGCCCGUCAGAAGAAACCCUGAUCGCCAGCACCAGCAAGAACCAACUCUACACCAUCACCAUGUCUCUGACAGAGAUCAGCAAGGGAGAGCCUGCCCAUUUCGAGUACCUGCUGUACCCAUUGCACUCGGCGUCCAUCACUGGCCUAGCUACCUGCAUCCGCAAACCCCUCAUUGCCACCUGUUCCCUGGAUCGCUCCAUCCGCGUCUGGAAUUAUGAAUCAAACACGCUGGAGCUGUUUAAGGAAUACCAAGAAGAGGCCUACACCAUUAGCCUUCACCCCUCUGGACACUUCAUCGUGGUGGGGUUUGCUGACAAACUCCGUCUCAUGAAUCUGCUCAUCGAUGACAUCCGUCCUUUCAAAGAAUAUUCUGUCAGAGGAUGCAGGGAGUGUGCCUUUAGCAACGGAGGUCACCUCUUUGCUUCGGUCAACGGGAAUGUGAUUCACAUUUUCACCACCACGAGCCUGGAGAACAUCAUCAACCUGAAAGGCCACACGGGGAAGAUUCGUUCACUAGUGUGGAACUUAGAUGACAGCAAACUGAUUUCUGCUGGGACAGACGGCGCUGUGUAUGAAUGGAACCUGUCCACAGGGAAGAGAGAGACGGAAUGUGUGCUCAAGUCCUGUAGCUACAACUCCAUCACUGUCUCCCCUGACGGCAAAGUCAUCUUCGCUGUUGGGUCAGACCAGACUCUCAAGGAGAUCUCUGAUUCUUUGAUCCUUCGAGAGAUAUCAGCAUUUGACGUCGUCUAUACGGCCAUCACCCUCUCACAUUCCGGGCGCAUGAUGUUUGUGGGCACUUCAGUGGGAACGAUCCGUGCCAUGAAGUACCCCCUGCCUUUGCAGAAAGAAUUCAAUGAGUAUCAGGCUCAUGCUGGUCCCAUCACCAAGAUGCUGCUCACCUUUGAUGACCAGUUCCUGUUGACUGUUGCUGAGGAUGGCUGCCUGUUCACCUGGAGGGUCUUUGAUAAGGAAGGCCGGGGAAUCAAGAGAGAGAGGGAGGUGGGCUUUGCCGAAGAGGUGCUGGUGACUAAGACAGACAUGGAGGAGAAGGCCCAGAUAAUGUUGGAGCUGAAGACACGUGUGGAAGAAUUGAAAAUGGAGAAUGAGUAUCAGCUGCGCCUGAAGGACAUGAACUACUCGGAGAAGAUCAAGGAGCUGACAGACAAGUUCAUCCAGGAGAUGGAGUCCUUAAAGACCAAGAACCAGGUUUUAAAAACAGAGAAAGAAAAACAGGACGUCCAUCACCGAGAACACAUAGAAGAGCUCCUGGACAAACAGAGCCGGGAGCUGCAAGACCUGGAGUGUUGCAACAACCAGAAGCUGCUCCUAGAAUAUGAGAAGUAUCAGGAGCUGCAGCUCAAGUCCCAGAGGAUGCAGGAGGAAUACGAAAAACAGCUCCGAGACAACGAUGAGACAAAGAGCCAGGCCCUGGAGGAGCUGACGGAGUUCUACGAGGCCAAACUCCAGGAGAAAACGAGCCUUCUAGAAGAGGCACAGGAAGAUGUCCGACAGCAGCUUCGGGAGUUUGAGGAAACCAAGAAGCAGAUUGAAGAAGAUGAAGACAGAGAGAUCCAAGACAUCAAAACCAAGUACGAGAGAAAGCUUCGGGACGAGAAGGAAUCCAACCUUCGGCUCAAGGGAGAGACCGGCAUCAUGAGGAAGAAGUUCAGCAGCCUGCAAAAGGAAAUCGAAGAGCGCACCAAUGACAUCGAGAUCCUGAAGGCGGAGCAGAUGAAGCUGCAGGGUGUCAUCAAGUCCCUGGAGAAGGACAUCCAGGGCCUCAAGAGAGAGAUCCAGGAGAGGGAUGAGACCAUUCAAGACAAGGAGAAACGAAUUUAUGAUCUGAAGAAGAAGAACCAAGAGCUGGAGAAGUUCAAGUUUGUCCUCGACUACAAAAUAAAGGAGCUGAAGAAGCAGAUAGAGCCUCGGGAGAAUGAGAUCAAAGUGAUGAAGGAGCAGAUCCAGGAGAUGGAAGCCGAGCUGGAGCGUUUCCAUAAGCAGAACACGCAACUGGAGCUGAACAUCACGGAGCUGUUUCAGAAACUGAGAGCCACGGAUCAGGAGAUGCGCAAAGAGCAGCAGAAGGAGAGGGACCUGGAAGCACUGGUCCGGCGGUUUAAGACAGACCUUCACAACUGCGUGGCGUACAUCCAGGAGCCCCGGCUGCUGAAGGAGAAGAUCCGCUGUCUCUUUGAGAAGUACGUGCAGCGGGCAGACAUGGUGGAAAUUGCAGGCUUGAACACAGACUUGCAGCAGGAGUAUGCCCGCCAGCGGGAGCACCUGGAGAGAAACCUCGCCACCCUCAAGAAGAAAGUGGUCAAGGAGGGUGAGCUGCAUCGUACCGACUACGUCCGCAUCAUGCAGGGCCGACAGCUCAGAGAUGACACCACCCACAAUGGGCUGGGCCCUCCCACAUCAAUCACCAGUGAAGGAAAUGACCCACAGCCAGAUCUUAGGGAAGUAUUUUCUCAAUUGAGGUUCCCCUUCCGAUGACCCUACCCUGCGUCAAGUUGAUAUAAAACUAGCCAGCACAGGUUCUCAGGACAGACUUAUUAAAUAGAUGAAUAUUGGUCAAACAUAAAUAAGUCAAUCUCCAGGGGAUAUAGCAGGUGUUAACGAGCUGCUUAUUAUUCUGUGUUGCUCACUAACAGCAUGGCACUGAGGACAAGUAUCUUUUGCUGCAUAUAAGGACUUAAUAGAUGUCCUAGCCAGGCGGUGGUGGCAGCGGCGGCGCAGGCCUUUAAUCCCAGCACUUGAGAGGCAGAGGCAGGCAGAUCUCUGUGAGUUUAAGGGUAAACCUGGUCUACAAAAAGAGUUCCAGGACAGCCAUGGCUGUUACAGAGAGAAACUCUGUCUCAGGGGAAAAAAACAAAAAACCACAGAUGUCCUUCAGUUUCAACAAAUAAACGCAGGUGUGAGAAGAGACUCGCACAGCACUUAAGCAUGCUAGAUCGAGUGCUGCUGAGACGAACAUCCUGGCUCUGCUAUUUGCUGUACAGUUCAGGCCACUUACAUAACCUCUCUGAUGCCUCAGUUUAUUUUUCUGUAAAAUUGUGAUUAUAGGGCUUGGGGGUAUAGUUCAGUGGUGGAGCACAUGCUUAACAUUCCUAAGACCCUGGGUUCAAUUUCCAGAACUAUCACCAUGUGAUAGUAAUAAAAUCUAUAAGGAUUUCCUGUGCUUAAUCACAUUAAAGUAUGUUCAAAGCACCCAAGAAAGCAUUGCUAUGGAUGUUUGAAAGAAAACAGCUGGGUAGAAAAGGUGCUGAGUCCACAGAAAUCGAGUUAGCUGGGACCUUGAAAGGCUGGGCAAUGAGCAGGGCAGGGACACGCUGCAGGUGCAGGAUCCAGAGAUGAACUUAGGUCCGGGUUCCUGGUUCUCAAGCCCAGGAGGGCACACCCUGCCCCCACCGAGCACCU